AUGAAAAACCAGGUCCGCGGCCCCCCAGCGCGGUCGCACAUGUCGGCUUCGGGGGCGGCGGCGGCGGCGGCUGGGGGUACCCGGGCGGGGUCGGAGCCCGGCGCGGGGUCUGGGGCCGGCGCGGGCACCGGGGCGGGCCCGGCGACGGGAGCGGGAGCCAUGCCCUGCAAGAGCGCCGAGUGGCUGCAGGAGGAGCUGGAGGCGCGCGGCGGCGCGUCCCUGCUGCUGCUCGACUGCCGGCCGCACGAGCUCUUCGAGUCGUCGCACAUCGAGACGGCCAUCAACCUGGCCAUCCCGGGCCUCAUGCUGCGCCGCCUGCGCAAGGGCAACCUGCCCAUCCGCUCCAUCAUCCCCAACCACGCCGACAAGGAGCGCUUCGCCACGCGCUGCAAGGCGGCCACCGUGCUGCUCUACGACGAAGCCACGGCCGAGUGGCAGCCGGAGCCCGGCGCCCCCGCCUCGGUGCUCGGCCUGCUCCUGCAGAAGCUGCGCGACGACGGCUGCCAGGCCUACUACCUCCAAGGUGGUUUCAACAAGUUCCAGACUGAGUACUCGGAGCACUGCGAGACCCACGUGGACAGCUCGUCCUCGCCGAGCGGCUCGCCGCCCACCUCCGUGCUGGGUCUGGGGGGCCUGCGCAUCAGCUCUGACUGCUCGGAUGGCGAGUCGGACCGGGAGCUGCCCAGCAGUGCCACCGAGUCGGACGGCAGCCCCGUGCCGUCCAGCCAGCCAGCCUUCCCCGUCCAGAUCUUGCCCUACCUCUACCUCGGCUGCGCCAAGGACUCCACCAACCUGGACGUGCUCGGCAAGUACGGCAUCAAGUACAUCCUCAACGUCACGCCCAACCUGCCCAACGCCUUCGAGCACGGCGGGGAGUUCACCUACAAGCAGAUCCCCAUCUCCGACCACUGGAGCCAGAACCUCUCCCAGUUCUUCCCUGAGGCCAUCAGCUUCAUCGACGAGGCCCGCUCCAAGAAGUGUGGUGUCCUGGUGCACUGCCUGGCGGGCAUUAGCCGCUCGGUAACGGUCACCGUGGCCUACCUGAUGCAGAAGAUGAACCUGUCGCUCAAUGACGCCUAUGACUUCGUCAAGAGGAAAAAGUCCAACAUCUCGCCCAACUUCAACUUCAUGGGGCAGCUGCUGGACUUUGAGCGGACGCUGGGGCUAAGCAGCCCGUGCGACAACCACGCGCCCAGCGAGCAGCUCUACUUCUCCACGCCCACCAACCACAACCUGUUCCCGCUCAACACGCUCGAGUCCACGUGAGACUGCGUGCGCGGGUGUGCACGGCUCAGUGCCCCUCCCAGCCCGCGCCGGGGCCAAGUGGGAGGGCCCAAGCCUGCUGGCCCUGGCCUGAGGAACACAUAGACGCCACCCAUGCCUGGGUCCCAGGCGGAGGCCUGCCUCUCGGGACUUGUCAGGGGCCUGCAGAGCUCAGACAUGGCCUGGGCGACGCCGGGGCCUCUUGGGCCCAGAGCACCUUUGUGCUGCCGGCCUGGCCGCUGGGGCUGGUUUUUAAAGACGCAUCGCGGCUCUGAGUUUACUCCACACUUGGGGCACGUGAAUCCGAGCUCCCUGGAGCACAGAGAAUGUGCGAGCUCUUCUUGAUUUCUCUUUUUUUUUUAAUGGGAAGUAUUAUUUUCAGGCUGCACGCAGCAGUGGAUUGUUAUCAACCAGUAUUUGAUCCCUUUCCUGGUCCUGCGAGAGAGAGAGAAGCGUUCUCAGUUUCGUUCUCCCCACUUCAAAAAAGCAUUAUCGGUGUGUUUCACUUCCGUUUUCCAAUGGGAAAGGCAAACCCUGCGUGGAUCUUGACCAAAUGCAUUUUGCACAUGUGUGAAGCCUCCGUUUCGUCGGCAGACCCUGCGGGUUGUGGUUGGUGGCCUGCACCGGGGGUCUCGGCGUACUCUGUGCUCCCAGUGCCCCUCUGGAGGUCCCUGCCUGAGGCAGAAGGUGGGGGGCCCUGCUGCUGUCCUGGCGGAGUGGCACCCCAGGGGACUGCCAAGCCGUAGCAUUAGCCCUCUGGGCUCAGCUCCCGGGAGCUCCGAGCCGGGGCCCUCUUGUACACACGACCCCUCCUGUCUCUUCCUCUCUCGCUGGGUGUGGGGGAGGGCAGCCCCGCCUCUCACCCCAAGGACGCCUGCCCUGCCCUUUGCUUGUCCCAUGCCUUCUGCCACCAGGAAACCUGCACCCAUUUCAGUCCCAGGGCAGAGGCAGGCAGGGCACGGGUGGAUGAGUGGCAGGGGCGUAGGCUCUGUCCGUCCCACCCCAGUCCCCACAGAACAAAGCCACGGAUUCCGUUACUCCCCUCCAGUUUUGUUCCUUUUUCAACCUCGGUUCCGCCCAGCAUCAGGACUGCAUGGGAGCUGGGGUCCCUGCUGGAGCCAGCACUCGGCGCGGGAGCCAGGCCACGGAAACUGCACCCCUACCACGUCUUACCUCACGGGGGUGCUCUUCAGGGAUGCUCUCGGGCAGCGGGUUCAAAUCUUGCCACAGUCGAGAAAUUGACAAAAAGCUCCCGCGCUGUACAUGGUUCUCUUUCUCUCUCUCUCUCUCUCUCUCUCUUUCUCUCUCUCUCUCUCUCUGAUUUUUAACACGACAAACUCAGAACGAUGCAUCAGAUUUGUGUGAGCGAGGGCGUGCCCGAGGGUGGCAAGUUUCGCUUUCUGACCGUAUGAAGGAAGAUUUGUGACCCUACGUACACACACACAUACACACACACAGACAUAUAUAACUCCCGAGCCAGCAACGGGAGUUUGUUUAUA